AUGAACAGAAAAUCGACGUUGUACUCGAUACUAUGUAUCGCUCUGAUUAUAUUUGUAGGUCAAUCAUCUGCCAUAGUAAGGACGGAAGAAGUUAAUGACUGGUCUACAGACAGUCUUGGGACUUAUUUCGAAAAGUAUAAUGUUUUUCACGACAAAAAGAACGAUGACCAAUCUUGGUCCGAAAUGGUAAACUCCUACAAGGAUGCGAUUGCUUCCAAUUCCCGUAUUUUUGGCAGCGGUGUUGAUAAGCUUCUUUCCGGAUUUACGAAUAGUGUUGGCAAACAAACUGGUCUCGCGAAGACGAACGUCGAUUCGUUCGUAACAGAUUUAAAGCACCAAUUACGUCAACUCGAACUAAAAGGUCAACUCAGCAAAGAUCGGGUUCAAGCUGUAUUGGAUAAAGCGCAUCAUCAAGCUAUUCGUCAGAAAAUCAUGACCGAAUCGGAAUGGAACAAGGCUUACUCUACCCUUGAAGCUUCUUACCAAGAGCCUUCUUGGUAUCAACGUGUUCUACGCCUCAAGCCGAAUGUCGAAGAAGGUUCCUCCUCAUUUAAUAAUUGGCUCCAAUCUGUGGUUGAUCGUGUUGCUAACAAAGGUGGACUAACUAAAGAGCAAACGAAAAGUAUUGCCGACCAACUUCGGUCCAGUAUCUCAAAUACAGACAUUAGUAGAUUGGGUGACAAGUCCUGGUUGGAUGAAUUUACUUCAUCGAUUUCUAAACACUCAGAUAUUAAGAAGGAAAAGCUUGACGAAGUGAUCGAAUCCAUCAAAAAGGAUGUUAAUGGUUAUAAAGUCUUUGCUCUUGACUACACAGGUCAAAAAACUAAAACAGCUGCUAAAAACUGGUGCCAAGAACUCAAAUCUUAUCUUGAAGGGAUUAAGGAUCGCAUUUACACUCGUAUCAAUUAUUACAAAUCUCUUAUUCUAUCACGCUUCCAAUACAAACACCACGAAGUUUCACAUGAAUUUUCUCACAGAGGUGUUACUGAUUCUAUUAAAUCUGUAGCACAUUCUUUAACAAGUGACUGGGAAGCCUCCUCAAAGUCUAGAGCUCAAUCCCGUUCUAUUGAGUCUGUCAAAUCUCGAGUUUCUGGUGUCGCAGACCAAAAUUUCAAUAUUAAGGAUUCCUUUGCUCAAUUCUGGCGUAACAAGGAACAUGACGCUUAUCGUAAAUUGGGUUACACCGAAGCACAUAUUGACUGGAUUCAAGAUUACCUCUCCAAAACAUUUAAGGAUCAGAAAACGUGCGUCCGUGGAAAAUCUGACGAAGCCGCUAUUGCUCUUAAACGCUAUCUUAAUGCUUUGCACGUACAACCUCCCAAUCAAGUAGACGCUACUGUACAUAAAUUGAUGCGUCAUUUAGAAUCUUGGAGAACUCUUGUUAAUUAA